GCGGCGCGCACGGUUGACUCGAUUCGGAAUAGCGGCGUGUGCGGUCCGGUCCCAAAACGCCUCCCUUGAUCCAUAUAACCACCGCGCUGCAUUUGUCUUCACCACUCACGACCUGGCGUCCCCACUCGCCUUCUUCGAGUAGGUUUUUGCCAGCAACACGCCGCGGUAGACUUCGCCGUGCGCGCGAAGACCUCGACACAAGCACAUUCUGACCCCGCUGGUGAAAUGAUCGAGAACGGCACGGCGUCUCUCACGUUCGGUACCCCAAGUGUCAUAGACUAGUUACGAACUGUUUUAAGUGCGACUGGUGGUUUGUGUCCAGGCCUAAAAUGAACGUUUUCAUAAUACUUUGGAUUCUGGUAACAAACGCGUUCAUCGGCUGCCACUCGAUAUGCUCCUCCCUGUACGGCAGCGAACCCUGCACCUUCUUGCCCGCCCCUCCCGGUAAAACACCACCCUGUGCUCGACCAGGCCUCACCUACUGCGAACAUCCCGAGCAUUAUCCUGGACAGCUGAUCCACUAUCUCAUUCAAAAAUGGCGAUACGACCACACCACCCUCCUGAGCAGCGAAACCAAGGAAGACUUCACCGCCUACUUCUAUCCUCCCCCGAGUACGGUGUACGGCCCUCCCAACUACAGCCCUAAUAACGUCGUCCCUUCAGAGGGUUACUAUCCCGAACCGAUCUACAUACCCAAGCCUCAGCACCCCUUCCAGGACAACGGACAAUGGUACAUCCCACCGAAAGUAGCACCUGGCCAGAACUAUACCAACGGUUUUGGAGGGUAUCCGGAUAGGAAGAGCUCAUACCAGCAGCAACCGGGCAGAAGCGGGCAACUCCUGAAUUAUAAAUACAGUAACGAUAUACCCCCCAGGAGCUACUCGUCUCAGGAGUACCAACCCCCUGCUUACUACGACGUUGGGCCUCAGGUUGCUCAGUAUAACAACAAUAUUUGGAAAAGAAGAGUGGAAAACAACUACGAAAGACUGAAGCGGUCGCUGAGGCACAGAAGAUCUCAACAAACAGUAUUACAAACGAUCGAAUCGGGCACCUACACCAACGGCACAUCCACUGGCAAGAGAACGAAGAGGCAGAGCACCUUGACGGACGAGCCCCUGUGCCGGUCCCGUUCUCAGUACAUAAUGCCCAAGGCGGCCCUCAACAACAAGGGCAACUGGAUGUAUGUCGUCAACAUGCCCGAAGUCGACAGCCGGUACACUCAGCAAGUCAAGAGCGAGGUGUGCGUGUCUCAGACUUGCAACGGAAUCUGCAGCCUCCCGCAGGGCUAUUCGUCCCGCUGCGAGCAAAAGUACGUCCAGAAGAGACUCGUAGCUCUAGAAGGCGGGGGCGACCAACUCUACACAGAUGUCUUUUGGUUCCCUAGCUGUUGCGUUUGCACAAUAUCGAACAGCUAGUAUCCAUGCGGAUCUGGCCGUAUCGCCCGUGACUGUCAAAUACCAAUAUAUUGUACAUACUAGAGUUACCACUUUUUUUUAUAGGUAGAGAUGUUCUAUAAUUUAUUUUUUUAAUUGUUUUACGAUGAUUAGUGUAUAGGUAACCAUGUGAUUAUUAAUUUUUUAAUAACUUUAUUAAAAUGUUUUGUAUUUUUUA